UCUCCGGUUCCUGAUGCCCUGGUGAAUGGUCUUGGUCUCGGCCUCCGCCAACCGGCAGUAACCUCGCGCCCUUGCCUUGUGACAUCACGUACAGGCCCCCGACCCGAGCACGCGCCACCUCAGGGGGUCCAAUGACCGAGAGGACAGGAGCGCGCGGUCACGCUCUCUUCCCGCCCACACUCCCACUCGCGCGUCUGUGAUACCAUCGUGACGACGAGAAGCCGGCGACUUCCGAGGAGCCAAUGUCAGCACUAGAGCUUUCGGGUGUAGCGCGAAACAAAUAAGACCACAACGCAUCCACGGCGAGCAGCGCUUGUCGACCGGAAGCACCAACAGGUCGCCAGGUGACGGAACACGAGAGCCAGCCACUGUCCCCGACCCACAGGACUGGCAGCUGACUGGAGGAGUCAAUCAGAGGAGGAGAGGGGCAACAGGAGAAGGAGAAGAGGAGCAGAGAAGAGGGGAGAAUAGGAGAGGAGAGGAGAGGAGUGGAGUGGUACAAUAAAAGAGGAGAGGAGUGAAGUAGGAGGAGAGGAGUAAAGGAGUGCAGAAGCAGAAUAAAGGAGUGGAAGAGGCAUUGACGAGAAAAGUAGAAGUAGAAGAGAGGAGAGGAGAGGAGAAGAAACGAGAGGAGAGGAGAGGAAACGAGAGGAGAGGAGUCAAAAAGGAGCAGCAGCAGUAAAGGGGAAGAAGAACAGAGGGAGGAGGAGAGGAGAGGAGAAGAGUAGAGCAGAGGAGGAGGGGAGAGGUCAGAAGAGGGAUCUCCACAUCAUCCCAUCUCUCUCUUCUCCUCUUCUGUCUCUCUAUCACAUUCCAUCCACCUUUACCUCCAUACCUCCACCCAUCCAUUUCUCCUCUGCCUCUCCUUCUCUCCCGCCUCUUGUCCCUGCACCUCGCUCCUUCUCUCCCUCUCCCCGUGCUCUCCAGUGUGUGUGUGUGUGUGUGUGUGAGGAUGAGUGUGAGCGUGGAGGUGAACCCAGUUGUGCGGUGUGUGUUUGGGCUCCUGGCCUGGCUCUACUCCCUGCUGUGCGUGCUGAUUGGAGGAUGGGAGGAUGGGAGGAGCCUAAAGGAGCGCGAACAGGAAGUCAAGGCGCGCUCAGUAGGCCGGGGGGAGGGGCCUGAGGGACCCUACAGAGACCUGGACGCCAUCAACAAGCUGGCACACACAAUCACACCCGGAAUGCACACACUCGAACAGGUGUUGGAGUCGUCAGUGAGGCGUUUUCCCAGCAGGCAUUGCCUGGGCACCCGAGAGCUCCUGAGAGAGGAGGACGAGGAACAGUCCAACGGGAAAGUCUUCAAGAAGGUGAUUCUGGGCCAGUACCGCUGGCGUACAUAUGAGGAGACUUAUCGCUCGGCAACGCAGCUGGGGGCGGGCCUCUUGUUGCUAGGGCAACGGCCACGAUGCAACAUCGCCAUCUUCUGCGAGACGCGUGCAGAGUGGAUCAUCUCCGCACAGGCCUGCUUCCUGUACAACUUCCCAUUGGUCACCUUGUACUCCACUCUGGGAGGUCCGGCGAUCGUCCACGGGCUCAAUGAAGCCGAAGUCACACACAUCAUCACCAGCAAGGAGCUACUGGACACCAAACUCAAGGCCAUCCUGUGUGAGGUCCCGUGUGUGCAGCAUGUUGUGGUUCUGGAGGAUCGUCAGAGGAGCUGGCCAACGUACCCGGGAGGCGUCCAAGUCCACAGCCUGGCCACCGUGCAGGAGCAAGGGGCAAAGAACCUACACGCUCCUCGAGACCGGGCGCGUCCUGAGGACGUGUGUGUCAUCAUGUAUACGAGUGGCUCCACUGGCGUUCCCAAGGGAGUGAUGAUCACACACGCCAACCUGCUCGCUGGCAUCACCGGCAUGGCACACAGAAUACCAAACCUGGGGGUGGAUGACACCUAUAUCGGCUACCUGCCGCUCGCUCAUGUGCUGGAGCUGAGUGCUGAGAUGGUGUGUCUCGCACACGGAUGCAGAAUCGGAUACUCCUCACCACACACACUCGCAGACACGUCCACUAAGAUUAAGAGAGGGAGUAAAGGAGACGUGAGUGUUCUACAGCCCACUCUCAUGGCUGCUGUCCCGGAGAUUAUGGAUCGUAUCUAUAAGAACGUGAUGGUGCGAGUUGAGGAGAUGGGCUUUCUCCAGAGGACUCUCUUCACACUGGCCUACAACUACAAACUGGAACAGCUGGCUCUCGGAUACACCACCCCACUCUGUGACAAGUUUGUGUUUAAGAAGGUGCGUGCGUUGCUGGGUGGGCGUACGCGUGUGUUGUUGUCGGGCGGCGCUCCCCUCUCCGCGGCGACCCAGCGCUUCAUGAACGUGUGCCUAUGCUGUCCCGUAGGACAGGGCUACGGACUCACAGAGACUUGCGGAGCAGGCACCAUCAGCCAACUAUGGGACUACAGCACUGGGCGUGUGGGGGCUCCUCUUGUCUGCUCUGAGAUUCGUCUGAAGGACUGGGCCGAGGGUGGCUACCGCAGUACAGAUAAGCCGUGUCCUCGAGGGGAGAUCGUCAUCGGUGGCCCCAAUGUCAGCGCGGGUUACUAUAAACACACGACUCUGAACCGAGACUUCUACACGGACGGGACCGGACAGAGGUGGUUCUGCACAGGAGACAUCGGAGAGAUACACCCAGACGGAUGCCUGAAGAUUAUUGACCGUAAGAAGGACCUGGUUAAACUGCAGGCUGGGGAGUAUGUGUCUCUGGGAAAGGUGGAGGCUGCGCUGAAGAACUGUCCCUACGUCGACAACAUCUGCGUUUAUGCCAACAGUGACGAGUCGUACGUGAUUGGCUUCGUGGUGCCCAAUCAGAAGCUGCUGCUGGCCCUGGCAGAGGAGAAAGGCGUGGCCGGGUCGUGGGCGGAGCUAUGUGAAAGCCCUGUGCUGGAGGUGGCGGUGCUUAACAUAAUCACAGAGGCUGGAUCGGCAGCCCAGCUAGAGCGGUUCGAGGUGCCCCGUAAGAUUCGUCUGAGUGCGGAGCCUUGGACUCCGGAGACUGGGCUGGUGACGGACGCCUUCAAACUCAAACGCACGCAGCUGAAGAGCCACUACCAGCAUGAUAUAGAGAGGAUGUACGCUAGCAAGUAGAAACAGGAUCCCCCCCCCCCCCCAAUCAUUCCAGAACACUCCAGAAACCCCCAAACACACACACCAGGAACCUCCAUACGCACACACACCAGGAACCCCCAAAUACACACACCAGGAACCCUCCCAUUUACACGCCAGGAACCUCCCAUUACACGCCAGGAACAGACCAUCACACACACCAGGAACCCCAAUACACGCAGCUGAAGAACCAUUACCAGCAUGAUAUAGAGAGGAUGUACGCUAGCAAGUAGAAGACCCCCCUCCCUCCCCAACAUUCCAGAACACUCCAGAAACCCCCAGGCACACACCAGGAACCUCCAUACACACACACACACACACACCAGGAACCCCAGUACACACAGCUGAAGAAUCAUUACCAGCAUGAUAUAGAGAGGAUGUACGCUAGCAAGUAGAAGACCCCCCUCCCUCCCCAACAUUCCAGAACACUCCAGAAACCCCCAGGCACACACCAGGAACCUCCAUACACACACACACACACCAGGAACCCCAGUACACACAGCUGAAGAAUCAUUACCAGCAUGAUAUAGAGAGGAUUUAUGUUAGCAAAUAGAGACAGGAUCCCCCUAUCAUACACCCCAAUAACCCCUAAACACACACCAGGAACCCCCAAACACACACACCAGGAACCACCAAACAAACACACCAGGAACCCCCAAACACACACCAGGAACCCCCAAACACACACACCAGGAACCCCCAAACACACACACCAGGAACCUCCCAUUGAUACACCAGAAACCUCCAUACACACACACCAGGAACCUCCCAUUCAUACACCAUGAACCUCGCAUUCACACGCCAGGAACCUCCCAUUCACAUACACCAUAGGAACCUCUCAUUCAUACACUAGGAACACACCAUCACACACCAUCAACCAGCACCCCCUCCCCUCACACAAAAAAACACCCAAUCAAGAGAACAAUGGAGACUCAAACACCCAGCUGAAGAACAUGGAGAGGAUGCAAACAUAGGACUAACUCCUACACACACACACACACACACACAACAUGUAAGGACACUUCAGACUCACACAUUACACACACACACACAUACACAUACACACACACACACACACACACACACA